UGAUGGGCGUGGCCUCGUCGCUCUCGUCGACCCACCGCAGCCAUCACGGCAGAGGGAGGCGAAGCCCAUGGACAACUAUCUGUGGAAGGGCUUAACAAAUGAAGGUGACCCACUGAGCCCCGUCGCCGUGACGAUGCUGAGCCGUCUUUUCAGGCUGCACGGCCUGUUUGUGGCCUCGCAUCCAUGGGAGGUGAUCGUGGGGACGAUUGCAGUGACGAUUUGCCUCAUGUCUAUGAAUGCCAUUGCCGGCAGUGACCAAAUCUGCGACUGGAACUACCAGUGUCCUAAAGUGCAGGAGAAGAUCCUAAGCAGUGAUGUUAUCAUCCUAACCAUCACAAGGUGCCUGGCUAUUGUCUACAUCUAUGUGCAGUUCAAAAACCUGAGGCAGCUCGGUUCCAAGUACAUGCUCGGUAUUGCUGGACUCUUCACUGUAUUCUCCAGUUUUGUCUUUAGCACUGUGGUCAUUCACUUCCUGGGCAAAGAGCUCACAGGCCUCAAUGAAGCACUGCCUUUCUUCCUGUUGCUGAUUGACCUGUCUAAAGCCUGCACGCUGGCCAAGUUCGCUCUCAGCUCAAACUCUCAGGAGGAGGUGAGGGAGAACAUAGCUCAGGGCAUGGCCAUAUUGGGGCCGACCUUCACUCUGGACGCUGUGGUAGAGUGCCUGGUCAUUGGAGUGGGAACCAUGUCUGGUGUGCGGCAGCUGGAGCUCAUGUGCUGUUUUGGCUGCAUAUCCGUCCUGGCAAACUACUUUGUCUUCAUGACCUUCUUCCCUGCCUGUGUCUCUCUGGUCCUGGAGCUGUCAAGAGAGAGCAGGGAGGGGCGACCCAUCUGGCAGCUCAGUCAUUUUGCCCGCGUUCUGGAGGAGGAGGCAGACAACAAGCCCAACCCUGUUACUCAGCGGGUCAAAAUGAUCAUGUCUUUGGUCCUGGCACUGGUUCAUGCCCACACACGGCUGUUAGCGGAGUCUCCCUCCAGCAACUCCAGCGGCUCAGCUGUGGACCUGCACAGCCCCAUCCUGGACGCAGACACAGCCAUGACGAGUGUGGACUUGGAGCAGGUCAUCACGCUCUCUCUGGCUCUGCUGUUGGCGGUGAAGUAUGUCUUCUUUGAGCAGGCGGAAACAGAAUCCUCCCUGUCCAUCAAAAGCCCCAUAACCGGCCCUCAUACUGCUCUGACCAGUAGGAGAGCAGGAGAGGAGUGCUGUAGGAGGGAUCUUACCCCAUCCAAAGUUGCAGAGAGGGUGAACACUAACCCAACAUCAGCUUCACUAUGCAAUACAGAGGAGAAAGAUGAUGUGAUCGGAGAACAGUCAUGUCUUCCAGCGCAGAGAGAUAAAGAAAAGGAACCUUUAGAACAGAGAGAGACCCACCUUCUCAAACAUGAGCCUCCUCAGUUUAUCCAGUCUCGCCCUCUGCAGGAGUGCCUGCGCAUUCUCAGAGACCCGGAGCGAGGUCCACGUUUCCUAAGCAAUGCUGAGGUGAUAGGGCUGGUGGAGAACAGGAGCAUUCUGGGAUACCGUUUGGAGGCAGCGCUGGAGACUCCAGAGAGGGGCGUUGCCAUUCGGAGAGAGAUGCUUUCAAGUAAACUGCCCCAGCCCUCGGCCCUGGAGACACUGCCCUACAGAGACUAUGACUACUCUAAGGUGAUGGGCUCAAACUGUGAAAAUGUGAUUGGCUAUGUGCCGGUGCCAGUAGGUGUGGCUGGACCACUGCUGUUGGAUGGGAAAGAGUUCUACAUCCCCAUGGCAACGACGGAAGGCUGUUUGGUAGCCAGCACUAACCGAGGAUGCAGGGCCAUUACUUUGUCGGGUGGGGCGAGUGCGUGUGUUCUUGCGGAUGGUAUGACGCGGGGACCUGUCGUGCAGCUGCCGUCCGCAUGCAGGGCUGCAGAGGUCAAAUCCUGGCUGGAGAGUUCUGAAGGCUUCAAAGUGGUCAAAGAGGCUUUUGACCACACCAGCAGGUUUGCUCGGCUGGACCGGCUGCAGAUCAGUCUGGCUGGCAGGAACCUGUACAUCCGCUUCCAGUCUCAGACCGGGGAUGCCAUGGGCAUGAACAUGCUGUCUAAGGGUACAGAGCAGGGUUUGUCCAGGCUGCGGGAGCAAUUCCCUGACCUGCGUGUUCUGGCCGUUAGUGGGAACUACUGCACAGACAAAAAGCCUGCAGCUGUCAACUGGAUCCACGGCCGAGGGAAGUCCACUGUGUGUGAGGCCACGAUCCCGGCUAAAGUGGUCAGAGAGGUGCUGAAGACGAGCACUGCGGCGCUGGUGGAGUUGAACAUCAGCAAGAACCUGGUGGGCUCUGCCAUGGCCGGCAGCAUAGGCGGUUUCAACGCUCAGGCAGCUAACAUCGUAGCAGCCGUUUACAUCGCAUGUGGACAGGACCCCGGUCAGACAGUGGGCAGCAGUAACUGUAUUACUCUGAUGGAGGCGGUGGGCUCAGAUGGAGAGGAUCUUUGUAUAUCCUGCACUAUGCCCUCUAUUGAGCUGGGCACUGUGGGAGGGGGCACAAACCUGCCCCCACAGCAAGCCUGUUUACAGAUGCUGGGUGUGCAGGGUGCGCGUGCAGACUGUCCCGGUGAAAACGCCCGCACACUGGCGCAGGUGGUUUGUGCCACGGUGAUGGCCGGAGAGUUGUCCCUCAUGGCUGCCCUCGCUGCUGGACACCUCGUCAAAAGUCACUUGACUCUCAACAGAUCAAAAGUCAACCUCCCAGAAAUGUCUGAAUCAUCGCUGAGGGAGCCUUCGUGAAAGCCCACGAGACGAGGCCAAGGUCGCACACCCUGCGGCAUUCUGGGAAAUGGAGUCUACAUUAUGCAGCUUUAUGACUGCCAAAAUCACUCUCAGGACUAUUUUGUAAAUCGGCUGUUUUGAGUCGAUAAAAAACACACUAAGUACAAGAAGACGACACAGACGAUUAAAAACCAAAUCAGCAUUUCAGGUUGAGGAGGAGCUCACGCCAGCGUUCGGACAGUGAUGGACGCCUGUGUGCAGCCUUUGAGAAACGCUGUUGUUAUUAAUUUUGCUUUGUCAAGGCAGAGCAUCUGCAUUUGUAGUUGCUUACAGAUUUCACAGACCUGAUUUAUGUAAUACUAAGAAAAGGGAAAGGACAGCGACAGUUAAUGACCUCACGGUGUCAUUUAACUAGCUUUGCGACAUAAAUCAAUAUGCCUUAAUCCAUUAAUGUCCAUGGCUGAAAUAAAUUUCCAGCUAAAAUACCGUAUAACGAGGAACAUGAGGGUAAAAAAUGUCACUUUAUUGUAUAAUUCAGCUUUUUUGGCCACUUUUUUGGGACAGAGAUGACAUAAAAAUAACAGAAAUUCUGGUUAAAUUGACUGAUGUGUGAUUACACAUGGUCAAAACAUUAAGAUUGCUUUAAAGGGACCCAGCACCCAUCAUCAGAACAGGUUCUUUGGAAUUUAUCCUCAUCAUUCUGUAUUUAUUUGUUGGACAUAAAAUGGAUUACACGCUUGGACACGUUCUUUGGUGUUUGACGUCCUGAACCUGAUUCCUUCAGGUAUUUUGUGUUUCCUUUUGAACCAUAUUUCAAACAUUGCCGUGCAGUUUGUGUGUUGUAACCUGGGAUUAGUGACCGUUAUAGAAGCUCAUCUUAAGCCUGUGAUGCUUCACGGAGUGACGCAGCUGCCAUCUGAAAGGUGUCCGACUUUAAUCUUCAUAUGGUCAAAGACGGAAAUGCACUGAGCUAGUACCAGGUUUAAAACAAGGGGAGUACCACCAAUUUUUAAAAUUUCUGCGUAGAUCAAUUUGUUAGGCCAUUGAGUGGCUUUAUGUGAAAUGGUUUGUUUUAGAGGUGACCUAGAUGUCUUUACAGUGGUGAUGGGAACCAGGGGUCGCCAUGACUACAACACAAUCAUAGAACCAUCCCGAACCAUCAGUGAACCUACACAAGUCUUCUAAGCUUUUAUAUGUGAUGUUGAUGAAAAUAACGGUAGAUCUGGAUUUCUUUGGGCACUAUUUUGCCUUAUAACAUCUACAUGUACCUGUUUAAUGGAUUAUAAAAUACAAAACUGUCAUAAAACAGCGUCUCAGUCAUCAGGCAGUGAAUUCAUAACCAUUUAAUGUAGGAACUUUCUGUGAGGAGCUUUUAGAGGUGGACGUCUAGUUCCUAUCACCACCACUGUGAACAGUUCUGAGUCUAAGUUUAUCUAGAACAGAGCAUUUCACACCAAACGGCUCUGAGCGACUCUGUUUACAGAUUAACUGUUUAAUUAUGCAGGAAUUUUGAAAAGGAAUGUAAUUCCUCUUUAAUUAAGCUGAUGUAAGCUCAAGAAACCAGUGUAAACAGGUGCUAAAAUCCUUUAUUAAUGAGUAUUAUGUGUAUGAAGUGAAUGGAUUCAGCUGUUUAGCUCUGCCUGUGUUUGGAUGUGUGAGCUGUUUGCUGACAGACUAGCCUGGACGUUUCUGUGCCAUACAGUCUCUGUGGAGCGCACACACACACAUUCAGUCUGGAGUGUUAUAUGUGUGUGUUUCACUGAAUAUGCAUUGACGUCAUGGUUGUGUUGAAGGGGAAUGCCACCACAAUUUAUUUGCAGUGUAAGCAGUCAGAGUGGGUUGAUAUGAGUCGCCACAAAUUUAAAAGAAAACUAAGCAUUUAAUGUCCUCACAGGCCAACUUUGGCCAGAAGACCACAUUUCAGACACCUCCGUUUUGAAGGCCUUAAACUCUUCCGACGUCUGGUUCCUAUCACCGCCACUGUGAACGGUUCUGGCUCGCAUUUCAUAUCCAGCCACUCUGGACUUUACAUCAGCCAUGUACACAAACAUUCCCCUUUAAUGGUUGAGGAUAAAUUUGGUGCAACACACCUGCAAAGUGCAUUUAGUGCUUUUAUUAACAAAAGCAAAUCUGAAUAAUUUUCUUUCUCAGCAGAAGCCAUAUCCUCCUGAUCCCACCGUCAGAUGAAUGUUUAAUAUAUUUAAGAAAAAUUCUCUAUGGCUGUGUUUUUGUUUUAUAAAAUUCAGCAACUGUUACUAAAAUAAGUGUUGUGUUCUGUUAUGAAGUAAAACAAAUCCCUGUUACUUCAUUGAUGCUCAAUUUUGUAUGAAUCUUAAUGAAAUGUGACCUUUCUAACAUUAAGAGAAAUAUGCAAAAAUUAAGCUGGCUCUAACAAGUCCAAUCAAAAAUGAGAAGAUUAAACGAGCACUUUUUUGGUGAUGAA